GCAAACUUUGCAGGAAGUGCCUGAGCUGAGCCAAGCUGUGCUGGGCUGAGCCCAGCCAAACCGAGCACGGCCGGGCUUUCAGGACCCAGGGUUUGUGUGCUGGGGACCGGGUGCGGAGGGGAGCCAUCUUUCCUCCUCCUCCUUGUCCCGGCUGCCUUGUGGUGCUGCCGGUGCCUGCCUGCCUGCCUGGCAAGUCAGAGCAUGUCCAGACCCCGUGGACGAGACGCAGAAGAUGGCAGAGCUGCUGGGGCUUGGGGACGAGUGCGGGGAGGGGGCUUCGGGGGCUCCUGCACUCGUUGGCUCCUGCCUCGCAGACAACAGGCUGAACCUGGACGUUUAUCCUGACGGCUGCUGCCGGUUCCUCCAUCUGUUCGAGAGGCAACGGGGUGAGGUGGUCCAGGUGGAGUUUCUCCGGCUCAGCAGCAACGAUCGACUCCUUGGCACCACGCUAGGCAUCCUUCCUCAUCUGAAGCACCUGAAAUCCCUGGUGCUCAAAGGUGGCCACACCAGGGAUGAGUUUGGUUCAUGUCAGCAUGGCUCCCUGACAAGCUUGCCACCAGGCAUUGGGAACCUGAGGUGUCUCACCCACCUGGAUCUCAGCUUCAACAGCCUCUCCACCUUGCCCAGCUGCAUCCUCCAUCUCCCCAGCCUCCGUGUGCUCCUGGUUAGUCACAACAGCCUGGUGGCGCUCCCUGAGGACUUCGGCUCUCUGAGCAAGCUGACUUUCUUCUCUGCUAUGAAAAAUAAGCUGAAGGACUUACCUCAGAGCAUUGGGGAGCUGGCAGCGCUGCAAGACCUGGACCUCUCGGAAAAUGCUUUGGAAUUCCUCCCUGAAGAAGUUGGGAAUCUGCAAAACUGCACAGAGCUGGAUCUCUCUGGGAAUCGCUUAUCAAGCAUCCCAGACUCCUUAGCCAAUUUGAAGUCUCUGCGGCGGCUGCAUCUCCACAGCAAUCUCCUGGUGACAGUCCCUGCCUCGCUUGCCAGCCUGCCCAACUUGUCCAGGCUUGAUCUGCAGAACAAUUGCCUCCGUGCCGUCCCCCCCGAGAUCCAGACCUCGCCAUUCGUGCACCUCCGAGGCAAUCCCUUAGGAGAAACUGAACCAUCCCCGCAGCCUGAUGCCGGAGGGCUACGAAGACUCUUCCUUGCAUCAGGAGAGGACAGCUUUACUGUCACCUCUGAAGGCUGCAAAGUGGUCCUGGCCUGUGGCAUCCAUUUCUACUUUCCACCGGGGGCUGCCUCUGACCCUCUGCGGAUCUACUUCCGAACACUUGCACCGGACCCUCAGUGGGUAAAGCUGAGACACCAUGAUGUCCUGCUGAGUAGAGUCCUGGAGCUGCAGCCUCAUGGGGUCAAAUUCCAGCAGGAAGUGCAGAUCUGGAUGCCAUAUGCCUCCCCUCAAACCCUUCACCAGCGUGAGGUUGUAGUUCGGACCUUCAGUGGGCAGAGCUGGAGUGAUCUGAGAACAAGAGUGGAGCAGAAGAGAAAAUCAAAGAAGCACAUGGCUCACUGUAGUGUCCUCCACUUCUCUUGGUUCCUUGUUGUGUCUCGACUUGUGCAAAAUGAAUGCGAAGUGCCAGCAGAGGGGACAUUGCUCUUUUCCAGUGUGGAUCCAAACAUCAAAGUGACCUUUCCUCCUGGAGUCACUGAAGAGACUCGCAGUGUCAAGCUGCAGGUGCUGCCGGUCUCUGCAGAAGAGAUAGAGGAAAUCACAGCUGAUGCAGGGUGCAGAGCCAGUCCGCUGCUCUGCCUCUCCCAGGACUCCCUGGUGGAUUUUCUCAGGCCAGUGAGAAUUCAGCUGCCCCUCCCGCCCGGGGUUACAGGGCUAAAUUUGGAUCGGUCAAGGCUGCAUCUUCUCCAUGGUGACCUGGAGGGCCAAACCUGGGAUGACAUUACCAGUCAGGUGGUGCUGGAAUUCACCCAUCUUUAUGCAGUGUUUGAAGUCACCCACUUCUCCUGGUACUGGCUGUGGUACACCACCAAAACCUACAUUGGAGGCAUUGCCAAGAAAGUCUAUGAGCGGCUGCGUAUGUACCAGGUGAACUUCAUUGCUCUGCAGAGGAAGAAGGACCCCGAGCAAGUCCUGCUACAGUGUGUCCCCAAACACAAGGUUGACCCAGUGCUGAAGAAGCUGCAGGACCGCUAUCGAGGACCUGAGCCAUCUGACAUGGUGGAGAUGUUUGAGGGAGAGCAAUUUUUUGCAGCUUUUGAGCGAGGCAUCAGCAUCGAUAUGGAUCGUCCUGACUGCGUGGAUGGACGUCUCUCAUUCAUUUUUUACUCCCACUUGAAGAACAUGAAGGAAAUCUAUGUGACCUCCCCUGUAGACAGGAAGGGCCAAGCUGUAAAAGGCCAGGUCUCUUUCUACCGAGGGGCAGUUCCUGAGAGCAUCCCUGAAGAUGCCAGCAGGAGGAGGAAAGGACCAGACUCCCUCUGGCUUGCUACUCUGCCCAUCAAACUGCCUCGACUGAAACCCCGCUGGGGUGAGAACCCUGGUCCCCUGAAUGGCUUCUCCUUCCCUCCCUUGAACCUGGGCAAUGCCGAGACUGGCUACCUGACACAGGCAAACCUGCUGAGCAUUGCCAGGCGUGUGGGAGCUGACUGGCAGACCAUCGGCCUGAACCUGGGCUUGACCUAUCAGCAGAUUGAGCGCAUAGGAUACAAUAACAGAGAGGACCUUGAUAAGCAGAUCCUGGACAUGCUUUUCUCAUGGGCUCGGCAAAACUCAGAGGAUCCUGACUGUGUGAGCAAGUUGAUCACAGCCAUGAAGGACAGCGGCCGCCAGGACAUCGCAGAUGAGGUCGAAACCAUCAUUGAGCUGGGACGGCAGAAAUACAGGGAGUCCAUCCGCCGGGUGGGCUUGGAGCAGGAGAGCAGCACUGAGGACUCUGCAAUAGCUAUGAUGUAGCACCUACCAGAAAGAACUGGAUUUCAUAUCGUGUCUGAAACAUGGAGAAAUUCAGAGACUGAAGUGUCUGUCAGUUGAGUAGUGGCUAAAGUAGCCUUUAAUGAAUUAAUACUCAUGUUACCUAUAUUUAUUUAUAACUUAUUCCUGAAACUGUGCUCUGCUGGAAACACUGGGUGUGAGCAUUUGGGUCUGUUUGUGCUCCAGUGCUUGAUGGGAAAGUGGAGGUGCAGUCGUGUUAAUGAAGGCCCAUGGUACGAUGGGGACCGUUCAGCUAUUUCUGUUAAUGAUGUGUUUUGCUCACAUGAAAAUGUGAACUGUAUUCCCCAUGCAAAUGUUUUCUAUUUUCUGCCAAACCUCUUCCAGUUCCCUCAAGCCCAAAACAAAACCUAAGUAUUUGUGGGGAAAAGAGAAGAAACUAAUUUCUAGCAAAAUUGCCCAUUUUUUGGUUUUGCUCCAAAAGCUAUUUUGGAACAAGUAAAAUUUCACAUUUUCCCUAGGCUGCUGCACCUUUUUAGAUGAGACCUACAUGCUGCUGGUCUUUGACAGAGUUCCAGUUUUAUUUUACAAAUAAGUAAAAAUCCAUAACCCUGCUGUUCUGGGAGGGACUCUAAAUUAAGUGAAAGUAAAAUUUCCCUUGCAGUUUCAAAGGGAUAUUCCUUACACCCUCCUAGUGAAAUAUGCCCAUGUAGUAGUGAAGGUGUGACCCCUCCUGAAGUUUGGUGAAAAGCAUGACUUAAAUUUGCAUUUUAAAAACUGGUCUGACCAGCUGUAAAAUAAGCACUGUUGUGGGACUGGCAUGAACUGUGCUGAGCUAACCUCCCAGUUUUGCAGUCUGAACAUCUUAUAUAAGGCUGGAAGUGUUUAUUGCUUUUUAAUUGCUCAGUCAUUGACUACUGAGGUGCCCUUCUCUUCCUGUUCCUCAUCUCAUAAUGGGCCUCAGCUAACGACCCACUAAUGGCAGUGGGAAGUUUCAUGCAAGCUUUUUGAGAAACUAGUGUCAUUAUGUAAAUUCCACUCAGGUUUGAGUUAUGUAAAUUCAAGACAGGUUUAGAUUCAGCAUAUCCCACUUUCUAAGCAGUAUUUAAAGGGCUGUUCUCAGUCUGAAAAGCAAAAGUCUGUACAAAAAUGCCAGGUUGCAACACCCAAAGUCAACCUGCAGCUGCAGGUCUGAGAAAUCCUAGUGUUUUCUUCCCCCUGUGAAGAAUCAUCAGUGGUUUUACUGAUGCUGUAUUUCAGACCUGCCAUCAGUACCAUUGAAAGAGAGGCAUAACAUUGUUCUGCUCUUUUUUUUUUAAAGGCCAUUCUAACAUCUCAGCCUACGGAGUGAUUAGUGUUCAGUCCAGAGCAAUGGACGAGGACUUGCAGACUUGAGUUGUUGCCUUGGGCCUAGGGACUUCCUCAGAUCUGAUUUCUUAGGCCAUGCUGUCCCUCAAGUCUCAUGUGGGGUUCAAGUCAGCAGUUCUCUUUUGAAUGUACAUUUUCUCUGGUAGUCUGUGUCCUAUGUUCUUGUCUGUAAUUUUGAUGUAUACCAAUGAGGUAUUUGUUCAUUCCUCCAGUUUUGGAGAGAUGCAUUUGGGCAUAUUGCUCUCACUGGGAAUAAAAUAAGCACUUAACUGUUUCACAGCAUGGUCUGCUAAACCAUAAACGCCUCGAGGUGUUAGACAGAGACAGGUCCCUUUAAACCUGCUGGCAGAAAGACACAAGUGAGCUUGGCCAUGCUGCACAGAAACGGGAGAAGAGCUCUUGUUUGGAUACUGCUGGCUGCAAAGCACAGGACAGACUGCAGCUGAGUUAAUGGUGUCCCUGUAGCUUGGCUUUGCUGCAGUGGGGCUAAGCUGGGAAACACAACAUUUGGAGCAUGGGUUUGACUAGCUGAGCAUAUGACUAGGGCUCAGGCGGAGCAGGUCUAGGGGGCAACAAGGCUAGUCUAGAGGGGACAGUGUGUAGACUUAGCCUAGCCUCUGGUGAAGGUCAGGAGGCUUUUGGCUAGGCAAAGCUAGGCUAAGGAAGUCUAUAGGUAGCAUAAGGUAGCAUCCACAGCUACAACGCCACAAAGCUAGGCUGCACGUAGCUUUCCAUUUGUGAUGGCCAGGCAAUAGCUGAGUUAGGCAAUGCUGAAAUUAGGGUUGGGUAGGCUGGACUCUAUGGAGCGCUCAUCCAGACAUCAGCAGAGCUACAGCUGUUCCAGAUACAGACAGAUCGGGCUAGAAGAGAGGGAGGCUAGUGCUAGGUGUUUAGGUUAAUCUAGGUAUGGGCUACAACAAAGCCAGGCGACAGGAGAUACCAAACCCUAGACAGCAUCAUCAGUAGAACAGCUCUUCAGGAUUUGGGCCAAUAACUUAAGGAAAGUUAAGCAACUGCCCUAGACAAGUAUUGCUAUCUCCAGUCUUUCACUGCCAAGUGGCAGAUGCUGGUCUGGGCUGCCUUGCUGGCAUCUGGUUUUCUCCUUCCAGUGACACUGAAGCAAGCACCCAGCUGAGGAUACAGAGGUGCUGGCGGGAAAUCAGAGCAACCAUCUGACUGCUCUUUCCUUCAGCUGACUUGGCAGCAAAUAUUUGAGCUGGAUGAGAGUCAACAGAAAGAAAAGUUAUUUUCAGAUCCCCAACAGAAUGACCACGUGGCCCUUGGAGGUGAACAAUGUGUUUCUCACUUACCACCCUGCACUUCCAGGUUCUGCUAACCACAACAGUCCUCCAGCUGCCAGGAGACAGAUUCAGGUCCCUGACUGUGAUAACAAGCUCCUCUUGUCUUCAGG